AUGGCCAGCCUCCGAUCCACGACGACCGUGCCAGCAAACAGCUCAAAAUCGUCGACUGGAGACUUCACCUCAGCACUCUACGCCUUCCUCAAUGCCUUACCCAAGCUCACCCUGGCUCGACUGUACAACACCCCCGCCAGCUGUCUCGCAAUCUUCAGGUUGUUACCGUUGAUCGGCAGGCAUCUGGUCCUUAACAUGAUAUGGUCCGAAGAUCCGAUUAGGAAGUCAGAAGUAGAACUUUGGGCAGAUAUAAACCGGCCGGAAUGUAAAACACAGCUCGACGACAGUCUUACAAAACUGUUUCGAUUGAAUAUCAUCGAAGAAUCAUUCACUUCGUCAUCCGAUCGACAUAAUACUCAAGCUACUCUGAUCCUAAAUCGCUCGUUCCAGCAAAAUUUCAGGCGCGCGUUAACGGGAGGGGGCAAUCAUUGCUCGUUUGGCGUUCCUUGUAAUACCUCUCCCAAAUCGGUAGUUCCCAUUGACGAACUGGAUCGGUAUGGUACCGAAAAAUGGGAGACUAUUCUCCAUUACAUGGUUGGUUCCCGACUGCCAACGAAGCCGAGUCAUAACAUUCUAACUUUACUAGGCCAAAGCGGCUUGAUGACUUCCACAGACCCAAGGUCCCUCCAUAGCUUGAAAAUCACAUCCAAAGGGUUCGGGUUUCUCUUGGAAGACGUUAACACCCAGCUGUGGGACAUCUUACUCCAAUAUCUUAAAAUGACGGAAAGUCACGGACUUGAUAUAGUCGAUGUCUUGGCAUGCUUAUUUAUGCUAGGAAGUUUGGAAUUAGGUCAGGAAUAUUCUUUUUCGAAUUGGACCUCAACUCAAACCCAAGUACUCCAAGACCUGGUAGAUUACGGUUUGGUACUUGUGACGGCUCCAGAUCGGUUCUAUCCCACUCGAUUAGCUACAACUCUAACCUCGACAGCCCCUCCUCUGGUCUCUGCUGAAAGAUUACAAGAAGAGCACGGGUUCUUGGUCCUGGAAACUAAUUAUCGAAUCUAUGCAUACACCAGUAAUCCAUUACAGAUAGCCGUUUUAAACUUAUUUCUGUCUUUGAGGUAUCGGUUUCCAAACUUGGUGGUAGGAGCGGUAACAAGAGAGUCGAUCAAGUCUGCGUUAUCAAAUGGGAUCACGGCCGAUCAAGUGAUUAUGUACCUGCAUACUCAUGCCCAUCCACAAAUGAGAAAAGUCGAGCCCCUUUUGCCGCCUACUGUCGUUGAUCAGAUUAGGCUGUGGGAGCUAGAAAAAAAUCGAAUCCAGGCCCAAGAUGGGUAUCUGUAUCAAGAUUUUAGAACAGCUGCAGAAUAUGAUUCAACCCUUCAAUACUCUAAAAAGCUGGGGAUUGUUUUGUGGGAACAUGCUGGACUGCGAAAGUUUUUUAUUGAGUGUGAUGGUCAUGCGGCUGUGAGGGAGUUUGUUCGGCGUGGGGGUGGCUCAAACGGUAACAUGUAA